UCACCGCUUCUUUUGCAAAGACGUGGUUUCCCAUGGCUAAGCGUCUAGAUACGGCGGCUGGUAAAUCAGUAUCUCCUUUUAAUUUAGUUAACUUGGUUGUCGUAGACUGUUUUCUAAGAACAGUGAACUAAUGUCAAUCAUAUUACAAGAACAGGAUAGCGGCUGGGUGUUUUCAAGGCAGUUUGGCGAUUAGUUUGAAAAGUCUUUGCGUAAAAGAAAAGCUUUUUGUUUGUCAAGUUAGAGAGCUAAAGGUGAAUCAUUUUCAUAAUGAUGAAAUUCAACUUCAGACGAGAGAAAGACAAGGAGUUUAAGCACAUAGCUCAUGGUUUGAUCCCUGCCGCCUCCAUCGCUCCUAAAGCCGCUGUGCCUCGUACUCCUCCCCCACAAAGCCCAGACCCCUCACCUGAGAGACAUAGAUCAGCGUUGGCUGCAGCUAUCCUGUCUUCCUCGCUGACGGGACAGACGUGGGUCAUCCCGCCCGCUCGGCCAAGGUCGAUCUCUGAGACAGAUCGUUCUGAAUCCUUCCUAACUGAGCCAAACGGCAGCAGUGUGCUUUACUCAAGAGACAGAUGGUCGGAGGAUUUGGCUAGCCGGCCACACCUGUCGUCUCCUGACCACUCCGAGGGAGAGCUGGAAGAUGACCAAGAUGCAGCUGGUGACCAGGGUGAUGCGGACGAGCAUGUGUAUCAAACUCUGGACAGACGAGAGGAUCUUAGAGUGUCAGAAAUGGUUCAUGAUCUGCCUCUAGAAGCAGAGGCCGUUCUGUCUCUGGCCGCUCACAUGUCGGGUGGGAGAGUGCCAUCUCCAGACCUCACCGAGGAAUCAAGUGGCCAGUCUCCAGAAGCAAGAAGGAGGAGAGAAACUCUCAGAAAGAGCUCUGAAAACCCCAAGGAAGAUGUGCGAUCUCUGCCACCCAUCCCAACCACUAAAAGGGCUGGUGGUGCUAAAAUGCCUAAACAGAAGGUCCACUUGACUCCAGAAACCAACCGAGGAUACAGUGAGCUGCAGAAACAGAGGAAGACCAAGACGAUACACGAAGACAAGCAGCUGGAAAAGAGGCUGGAUCGCCUGGAGCGCGAGAUCAGUCAGAGCCACGCCUCCUCAAACCUCAGAUCCUCUGCAGCAGGCAGCCAGGCAGAGCUACAGAGCCUGAGACAACACGCGCAGGAGCUGGUGGACGAAAACGAUGCCCUGAAACUGACUGUCCACCGUCUGAACGUGGAGCUGAGCCGCUACCAAGCUCGCUUCAGACCGCUGUCCAAACAAGAGAGCUCCAACAUCAAAGGCAUACCAAGCACAGGUUCUCCCCCUCCAUGGCUGGUUGACAUGAAGUAUUUAUGCCCUUUGCUGCUGGCCUAUGAAGACAACAUGAAUGAGAAGGAAGCUCUUCUACAAACCACUGAGGAGGAGAUGACCAAGUUGCGAGCUAAGGUAGACAAUGUGAUGAAAGAAAACGAGAAGCUCCACGAUGAGAUGGAUGUGGUCAACCAUAAGGACUGCCAGAUGAUUCAGCAGCAAGCUCUUCUGGUUUUGCAGGAGAACCAGGCUCUGAUUGGUCAGCUGGAAGCUCAGCAUGAAAAAGCCAAGGCCAACCACAGCAAACACCAAUCUGAAGUCUUGAAAAUGUCUAAGCAGCUUAUGAUGUUGGAGGAAGAGAAGGAGCGUCUGCAGGAGGACCUGGAAGGAAGCAGACGGGACUUACAGAAACGCACGAAGGAGGUCGAGCUGCUGCAGGCUCGCCUCAAGGAUGUCGUCACAUGGGAUGAGCACUGCAGCAUUGCAGGCAAACUCAGAAGACAGCUGGAGGAGCAGGAGAGGAGAAAUAAGAGCGAGAAGCAGCAGUUGCUUCUAAAAAUGUCCAGCCUGCAGGAGGAGAUCAGGAGUCUGGCUCAGGACAAAGUCAGCCUGACUGCUGAUGUGAGGACGGCGAAGACUGAGCUGGAGCGCUGCAAACAAGCAAACAGGAAGGCAGAGGGGAGGAUGAGUACGCUGAGGAGACAGAAGGAAGAGCAUUUGCUGAAGGAGGAGAAGACUCGUCACUAUCUGGAGGCUGUCGUUUCUGUCGCAGAGCACAUUUCCAGGGAAAGAGACCAUCUAUUGCACACGGCAUCUGGACUCCAGCAGGAAAAGCAGGGAUUUGUCAGCAGAAUUCUGAAUGGCACGGUCCGCUUUGGCAAGCUUCAAGAGGAACUCAAAGUAUACCGGAGGCAGGCGUCAACCAGGCUGGCAGCGUUGGAGGAGGCUGCGGAGGGGAAGACGGCUUCUUACAAGAGGGAGAUCCUUCACCUGCAGAAGCUGCUGAGAGAAAGACAGGAGGCUGAGGAAAAACUGCUGCAGUCGAAACGGAAGGGCAUUUGGAGUGAAACUUUUCAUCGUCUCCCUUCAGAAGAAUCUUUCUGCGAGUCAGUCUACGUUCCCUCUCAUCCUCUGCUUUAUAUUCCGCCCGUGGUUUAGCCGCAGAGAUGCUGAUUGGUUGUGAUUGCUGCCUGCCAGCUGAGUUCUGCGUAGCCUCCGGGGAACCGCCACUGCCCGAGACUUCACGGAGCUCUGGAGGUGGCAAUUGAGCUUUCAGAGCUUUUUUUGCCCUCCUCAAAACAUAGUCUGCUCCUCCCACUGCUAUCUAGCCGCUCAACACAGAAAGACUUGCUCAUAUAAACAAAUAGCAACCUCCAAAUCAACAACCAAAGCUGGUAAUUUGCUUAUAAAUUCCCCCAUUUUCAUUUAAUUUACUUUCAGCAGCCAACAAACUGAGACCCUGAUAAUAUAAGCUGUUGUCAGUAAGUUUAGAAUCUGAUUAAAAUGCAACAGGGUUUCGAAGUACUGAAGUCAGUGGAUGGUUAGUAUUGAUUAGCCACUUCUUUAGAAUAGCUUUGGUCUAAGUUCCAAGUAAAUUACUACUUAAAAGAUGUAUUAUGGCAAAUAAUUAGCUUUCACUUAUUAAAGGGAAAGUGUUAUGUACUUUCUACUUUGACUUCA